AUGCCAGAUGGUGAGAUUACUGUCACAUUGGAUGAUGUGCGGACCAUACUUGGUAUUCCAGUCACUGGCAUGGCUUUGUCAUGUCCUAAGUUAACAAGAUACGAGGCUGCUGAACUAGUGAAUGCUACUUUGGGAGUGCUAGUGAAUGAUGCAUUUGUAAAAUUAGUUCAAUCUCGUGGGCAAUGCGUGAAGCUAGAGUGGUUGCGAAUUAGAUUUCAUGAAGUUAACGAUACAGAUGAUGCAAAUUUCAUAGAAUACGUGGCGAGAGCUAACUUGCUAUACUUAUUAGCUUUGGCAUUCCUAUAUAGACAAUUAGGACUUGCUAGUAGGGCUGGUGUUAAGCAGAUUGCUGGUUACUUGAAACUAUUGGAAACAUGGAUUUAUGAGCAUUUUCAUUUAGGAAGGCCUCAUCCAAAUUUGUCCUAUUCUGAUGAACAACCUCGUGUAUGUCAUUGGAGUCCGCAGAGAGAUGGAGGUUUUAUAGAAGACCACUUGCAGACAUUACGAGAGCAACUUGACAUGUUACGUGCUAAUGAGAUUGAGUGGGAUCCAUACCGUUUAUGUAGGACACACCAUCCACUUCAUAAGGUUGCAUAUUAUAUUGAAUGUUUGAAAUGCUUUGACAUUGUUGAACCCUAUCAUCCCAAUAGGGUUUUGCGACAGUUUGGUAGGGUCCAAACCAUCCCACAAAAACCAUUAUCUCUUGUUCGAGCUAUACGGGGAAGUAAACCAGGACAGUACAAAAUCAUGUAUCAGUACCAUGACAUGAUAUGGGCGCAGUGGGAGAAUCACGUGUUGUCUAUUAAUGCUCGUAGUGUGCCUGUACAGCAGCGGCCAUCUGAAUGUGUACGGGGAUACCGUGAGUGGUAUGCUCGUGUUUUGCAUCGGGUUGUUCAAAAUCCUAUACAUCACUCUCAAUUUGAUCUACGUGUUCAACGUCCCGAGAAUGAUGUAACUAUGGAUCCUGAGUGGUGUAAUGAUGCUGCUUUCAAUGUUGGUGUUGCAGUCCAUAGGCUCGGUCGUGAUGAGUGUGUCUUGCACUCUAACAUGCUGUAUGAAACCAUUGGUCGCAUACUGCAAGUUCUUUAUGGACAGAGUUUGGGAUCUACUUCGACACGUACAGAGCAUCAAGUCUACUAUCGUAAACGUCGUAGGAUGGACCGUACAUGA